GGAGGAUCCUGUCCGCCUGCCCCGUUUCUCAGCUCUCUCUCCGUGAAAUUAGCGAAUACUGCAGCAAGAAGUGAGUGUUAGUGUGUCAGAGGAGAGAGCGAGCAGGGACUAAUAUUUAUAAAAAGGACUCAUCCGGCUGGCGGCAGAGAUGGCAGCCAUUCGGAAGAAGCUGGUAAUCGUCGGGGAUGGAGCUUGCGGGAAAACAUGUCUUCUCAUCGUUUUCAGUAAAGACCAGUUUCCUGAAGUCUACGUGCCAACAGUGUUUGAGAACUACAUAGCUGAUAUCGAGGUUGACGGGAAACAGGUGGAGUUGGCGCUGUGGGAUACUGCAGGCCAAGAGGACUACGACAGGUUGAGGCCUCUCUCCUACCCUGACACAGAUGUCAUCCUUAUGUGCUUCUCCAUCGACAGCCCAGACAGUUUAGAAAAUAUCCCUGAGAAGUGGACGCCUGAGGUGAAACACUUCUGUCCCAAUGUUCCCAUCAUCCUGGUGGGGAACAAGAAGGACCUGAGGAAUGAUGAGCACACACGGAGAGAGCUGGCCAAGAUGAAGCAGGAGCCGGUGAAGACAGAUGAAGGCAGAGAAAUGGCCAACAGGAUUAGUGCCUUUGGCUACUUGGAGUGCUCUGCCAAGACCAAGGAUGGCGUGCGGGAAGUGUUCGAGAUGGCCACUAGAGCAGCGCUUCAGGUCCGCAAGCGCAAGAAGAGAAGCGGCUGCACGCUGCUGUGAGAAGCCGGCGCGGUCGGCCAGUCCAGACACCAUAAAAUCAACUGACCAAUAGGAGAGAAAAAAAAAAACCCCACCACACAUGAAAAGGACUGACCUUUUACCAAAUGGCAUCUUUGUACUGUAUCUCGCAUUUCAUGAUAAGACGCAGACAGAUGAAUCAUACGCGAAUAAACCCAAUACAGGAAACAGACUUUGUCUAUAUUACAACCAUGGUUAGAAAUUGAUGUUUAAAGUUCCUUGUUGAUUUGCAUUUUUUUUCUUCCCAAAAUCUGUCUUUACACAUAGAAGGUUUUCCUACUUGUUUUUCUUUAUAUUUGUAAUGUAACGAGGCAGUGGUAGAUGCACAUAAUUGUAUGCAAUAUUGUUCUUCAUGAGCUUGGGCGAGCAGCAUCCCUCCUUGCUAGCAUAAAGUCUUCUUGAGUAAGGUCUUGUCCAAACAGUCCUUUUAAUAUCAGUUCUGUUUAUUAUGGUAGCUUUUGUGAUAGAGAAGGAAAGUCACUGGAGAUAUCUUUUGACCAUAACAGCUAGUGCCUUUUUUUUAAAGUUUGUACACCACCAUCUACUUCUCAUGUUUGUGUCAGCUAGCUAACAUUUCAGCUGAGGGCCUCUCCAUUGUAGUGUAGCUCAUUUUACACAGUGUUGUCAUUGUGAAACCUGAGCAAAGCCAUAACUAAGGCUUUCAUUGCUGUCGACAACUCGUCAAGCACAACAAAUGGUUGCUUGUGUCAUUUUUGUUGACGUGAAACAUCAGCGUUCCCUCGACAGUCUCCAUGCUCAGUCCGCUCACGUUGAGGUUGAAGAUAGGUAACUGCUUUUGUAAUGUGAUAGGAGAUAAGAUCUGAUUAUUCACACGCAUCCCUCAUAACUUUUCGCUAAUUUGUGCAGUGGACCCAGAAAGAGGAGUGAGAACUGGCAAGUAAAGACACAAGCCAAUAUGACUCAUCUAUGCACAAUGGCUGUUAGGACCAACAGGGAGAUGACAGAACUGAAAAUGAAAUCACAUAGAGACCAAGUCCUGGUGAAACCUCCCUUGUUUGUUUAUUGCGAGUGACUGACUUCAGCUCUGCUGCUGCCACAAUGCAAGUGAGCCGGUUACACCCGCUGUUUGAAUCUGUGUGUGUCGGACGGGUUUGUCCAGUCGUGUAAAUCACAUCUCGUCAGAGCUGUUAGCCUUUGCGUGUGGAUGUUUCCAAUCGGACAACAUUCUUCACAUGUUUGAGAAGAGCUGAGUCGUGUGUGAGGAGUUUGUUUUUCCCUGGUGCCUUCUCUGUUCUGGUGUGCCUUUUUGGUGUUUCUCUCCCAGACCAGAUAGACCAGCUGCUCCAUGCCAACCUGAUGCUGACUGACAAAGGGUCAAGAGUGACCUUUCUCACAUGUUUCACAAAGAAUGACCACAAAAGGUGUCAUUAGUUAAGAAAAGUUUCAAUAUUCACAGUUUAAAUAUUAAGAUUUGAAUCUAGGAAUGCAGUUUCACCUUUAUGCGCUAGGUUAUGCCAAUUUUCAUCAUGCAGUUUUGCGUCAAGAAUGAAUCACGGGAAAAUGACAAAACUUUUUACAUUACAUAUUCUGGAAAAAAAACAUCUAUCAGCAGCCAUAAAGAUGCUCUUUGAUCGAUUUAGAGUUGUUUUGCUAUCAAAAAGAGUACAACUGUGAGAAGAGGAAAAUUAUGCUGAUUCGUCUGUCUUAUCUUGAUCUAUGUUGGUCUUGAUCUUCCCUCCUUUGACAUUUUAUGUCUCGCAUCAAAGUGGCUGUUGAUCCUCAAGGGCCCACACUGAAUUUGUUGUAUAGCGGUGUGAUGGAUGGAGACGUGUCAGAGACCGUCUCCUGGUCCCAGUUUUCUCUCACGUGUCCUCUCAGAAUACUCGAUUGUGAACUUGACCUGAAAGUAGAACGGCUUGAUAUACAAUGCUUGAAAGGCCCAGCGACUGUCCUCAGGCACAGACUCUUCACGGCAUUCCUUUUCUCUGCCUCUGUUGCUCAUUCAUGUACUGUACAUGUUCCUGUGUUGCAUGGAGGAUGGAUGUUGAAAUGUGUGUGACAAAACAAUAUCUUUGAUGUUGCAUGCAACCUCCUUAUAAUGUCAGUAAAGGCACCAAACCUA